AUGCCCGAGUACGAUGAGGAAGGAAGUGAUGAGGUCGAGGCUGCGGAGCCCGCGGCCGCUGUGGUGGAGAAAGGGAAGGGCGGGGAGAAUUAUCCGGAUGCGUCGGCGAGUAACCGUCGACCACCCGUGUUUGCGACGGGUGCGAAAGAGGUGCAAUGCCGCAUGGAAAGCAAGGUGCAUGCAAUUAGUGGUGUAUAUGCCUGUGUUGCCUCCGGUAACGUCGUCAAAGUCUUCGACACUGUCGGCGGGGAGUGUGUAUAUUCAAGUGUAUUCGGUGAUUACAAGGUUACUGCCGCAUGUUUCAAACCUUGUCAAGGCGGCGAGGAUUGGCAGUUUUUGUGGGUCGGGACGAAGGAUGGAACGUUACUAGAAAUCGACCUCAGCCAUUCUACGGUACAGGAAGCCCGAGUGGGACAUUCUGGCGCCAUCACAUUUAUCGUGCGAUGCGGGAGUGAUAUGUGGAGUAUCGACGAAACUGGAACCCUCCUUGUUUGGCGACCAGAGGCUGGAGCGGGGACGAUUUUGUUGGGGAGUAAGACGAAAAUGUGGAAAGUCGCGACACGGCAGACGAUGGCGCUCGUUGUUGGGGAUGAGCUUUGGCUUGGGUGUCAUCGGUCUGCGAAUGUGUAUAGACCGACGUAUGAUGGGAAUGUACCGUUCAACGUUAGUAUGAAGGCGAUUAUGCCGUCGAAACCGCUCGGGAUCAUCAAGUGUGGCGCUUUGUUGCCGCAGGAGCCGGAUAGGGUCUAUCUAGGGCACGAGGAUGGGAAGAUUGGGGUGUAUUCGAGGAGUCAGUUAGCUUGUGUCGAAAUCAUCGACGUGAGUUCGUACAAGUUGACAGCGAUGGCUGCAGUACGGAACCAACUCUGGGUAGGGUUCGCUACGGGUAUGGUAUACGUCUACGAAAUGGACUCGAAGCCUUGGAAGGUCUUGAAGGAUUGGAAGGCGCAUAAACAGGCUGUCAGUUCGCUCAUCGCUGAUCCUGAGACGGCGAAUGAGAAACGGGGGUUCCAGGUUGUGUCGUUGGGUCUCGAUAACAGUUUGAAGAUAUGGGACGCGCUGUUGACGCUUGAUUGGCAGGAGAGGCAGAUGUAUGCUCGGAGUCACGAGUAUUGCGAUUUCAGGGAUAUCCGGGUUCAGAUUUGUACGUGGAAUGCGGGAGCGAGUAAGCCUGAGAACUUGGAUCGGGAUCCGGAGGAUGCGGCAUUCUUGGAGAAUAUUUUACAGAGCGGGAAUUCGCCUGAGAUCAUUGUGUUCGGGUUUCAGGAGUUGGUGGAUCUGGAGGAUAAGAAGUUGACCGCAAAAACAUUACUGAAAUCCAGAAAGAAGGAUAGUGGACAGCUUCAGGAGAACAUUUCGCACCGGUAUAAACUCUGGCAAGAACGACUCGCGCAGUCCGUGAAGCUCUACAUGGCGCAUGAGAAUCCGUACACGCUCGUGCAUUCCGCAAACCUUGUCGGUUUGUUCACGUGUAUCUUCGUCAAGUCGUCCGAGUCGGCAGCUGUGAAACAUCUCUCUGCCACGACGGUGAAGACUGGUCUCGGAGGCCUGCACGGAAACAAGGGUGCACUCGUCCUGCGCUUCGCGUUGGACGACACGUCAUUCUGUUUCGUGAACUGUCAUUUGGCUGCGGGUCAAUCACACACGGCUCAGCGCAACAGCCACAUGAGCGAGAUUUUGGAACAGGCCUCGCUGCCGGCGGAGGUUUACGACCCAACAACGAUCAGUAACAGAUUCGUCGGUGGUGGUGAUGGAUCAAUGGUUCUUGACCACGACUGCUGUUUCAUCAACGGCGACCUGAACUACCGCAUCGGAGGCCUCUCGCGCGAAAACGCCAUCGACAGGAUCAAGAGAGGGGAUAUCGAGAAACUCCUUGAAUACGACCAGCUCACUGUCGAGAGACGAAAGAACAGAGCACUACGUCUCCGUGCGUUCGUCGAACCCCCGAUCAAGUUUGCGCCUACGUACAAGUAUGACGUGGGUACGGACAACUACGACUCGAGCGAGAAGAAGCGUGUUCCGGCGUGGUGUGAUCGUAUUCUUUACCGGACCGUAUCGAGCAAGAUCACAGCGUUGAGCUACGAUCGCUUCACUGUCCGUGUGUCGGACCACCGACCGGUUGUCGGACUCUUUAAGGCGCGAGUCAAGAUAGUCAAGGAAGCGAGGAAAGAGGAUGUCUGGGCAAGCGUAGUCUCAACAGCAUCAAAAGCAAGACUACAAGCUCUAGACGAAGUCAAGUUACAGUGGAUAAUGCAGAGGUUUAAUGUGACCGAAUUGGAAGCUCGAGCUGCGUUGGAUGAAGACGGUUGGGAUGCGAGAAACACGGCACUCAGGUUCGAGUGA